AUGGUGCUGAGCGAGAUUGGCAAAAUCCAGCAGGCCCUUCACCUGGACUUCAUUCAGAUGGCAGAGUUCGUGAAGGAGGAGAAGGAGCAGAAGCGCCCCAGCAUCCCGGCAACGGCAACGGAAGCCACCUGCGUGGAGGCGCCUCCUGAGCCCAAGCUGGUGGAGGAGAAGCCCCGACCGAUGCCGAGCGGCGCUCAGAGCAUGUCGGUGGGCCACGUGGCCUCCGAGAAGGCGGAAAGCACCAGGAGGUCUCUCAAGCACAGCUCCACUGCACCUACAGACAAGGAUGACGCUCUGCAAAUGUCCAUGUCCGCUGACCUCGUGUACGCGAAGCGCGGAAGUGUCGGUCCUGGCACGAGCUCGGAGAAUGCCAUCUCGGCAAAGAAGCACAAGCGUGUGCGGGAAUUCUGGAGCCAAACUGAGCCAGAGCCCUUGGAGUCGACUGCCGUGCAAACAGAUCCUGUCAAGUUCCAGACGCAGCGCGGCAGAAGGAGUACACAUCCUGCGGGAGAAAAAACUCCACCUGCGCCGAAGCCGAAGCCUAAACCAAAGCCGCAAAGAGUGUUUCAGGAUGCAGAGGCAAUGAAGCAAAAGGCCAGACAGGCGAGAGUUAAGCCGCAGUACAAUGUGUUUGACCGGUACUACAAGACCGGCUGCGCCCAGUUCGUCGCCAAGCACUGGUUGUUUGAGUACAUGACGCUGUUUGUGGUAUGCCUGAACACGGUCUGGAUUGCCAUCGACACGGACCUGAACCAGUUCUCCAUCAUCACAAACGCGCCAAUUGAGUUUCAGGUCGCAGAGAACUUCUUUUGCGGCUACUUCUUUGCUGAGCUGCUGAUCCGAUUCUGCGCAUUUCAGUUCAAAAGGCAUUGUUUGCAAGACUAUUGGUUUAUUUUCGACUUGUUCCUUGUAGUCCUCAUGGUUGCGGAGACCUGGAUUCUGCCACUCGUGUUUCAUCUGCUUGGGUUCAAGGAGGAGGACCUAGAGGGCACCGUGAACACUGACUUGUUGCGGAUCUUGCGUUUAGUACGAAUUCUGCGGCUGUCUCGAAUGGCGAAGUUACUCCGUGCAGUGCCAGAACUGGUCAUCAUCAUCAAGGGCAUAGGUUUUGCAGCGCGUUCCGUGAUCGUUUUCUUCAUGCUGUGGACAAUGAUCAUCUACGUAUUUGCAAUCCUUCUGCGGCAGCUGACGCAGAGCUAUGAUGUUGGAGCCAAGUACUUCUCCUCCGUCUCACAUUCAAUGAUGACUUUAUUUCUCAGUGGCAUCGUGCCCAACCAAGCCAACAUCAUCAACGAAAUGGGUGUGGCGUCCUGGGUGUUCUGGCUCAUAUUGGUGUGCUUCGUGCUGCUGGCUUCUGUAACCAUUAUGUACAUGCUGGUGGGCGUGCUUGUAGAGGUCAUGACAGUUAUUUCUGCCACAGAGAAAGAGGGCAUGACAGUGUCUUAUGUGGCCUCGACCCUGAGACAGCUUAUGCAGCAGCUCAAUUACAGCACUGAAGUGCCAUUGUCGCAGCGAGAAUUCCAAGCCUUGCUUGUCGAGGAGGAGGUGGACCGUCUUCUAAGCGGGAUGGGCGUCGACGUUGUAGCGCUUGUGGAUACGGCCGAUGUCAUCUACGAGGACAUGAAUAAGAUGGGGAAAAAUAUGACCUUCGAGAACUUGGUGGACACCAUCCUCAACCUUCGUGGCAAGAAUACGGCCACCGUGAAGGAUGUCAAGGAGCAGGCUCGUGUCAUCAAGUCGAUGGUGCAGCAAACCCUCAACGCCAACGGGAACAAGGUCAUGGAGGAGUUCCAGGUCUUGCGUACCGAACUGGCCGCGCUUCGGGAAGAGGCGUUGCGACGUGAUGAGGAUGAGGAGGAUGCUGAUGACUUCAACACGCUGGGACUACAAGUGGAGGAAACGGAGCCCUUCCCUGCCAACUCCCGUGGCAUUGCAGAGCUGGCUGAGGAGGAUGUGCUCCCAGGAGGAGGUGACAGUGAAGCUCUCGCGUCACAGACAGAAGCCUAA